AUGCUCACAGAGCUAGUGAUGAACCGGAUCCGGCAACUUUUGCUAGCAAUCGUCGGUGUGCUGAAGCGUGCGAUGUGUUGCUUUUCACGCCGCCGGAAACUGUCCGUCGGUGAGUGCGAGGUGCUCAGUGCGGUCAGCGUCGAUCGCUACCCGGCCGGUAACGGCCGCGGUACCACCGCCGGCCACGGUAAGAACGUACCGGAGAAGGAUUGGAACUCGUGGGACGAUUCGCCGAAAACGGUCGAGGAGCAUAUCGAGCGGUACCGGGAAACGCUCGCACAACCACCAUCCCCCAGCGAGCCGCAGCCGGAGGUGGACUACUUUCAGGAUAUGACGCCGCAGAUUUCGUCCCAGCCGAAAAUAUGCAUCGCCAACGAAACGGAGCCAGCGAGCGAUUUUAGCCGUUUGGUGGCCAAAAUUGACAUUCCUGUUGUGAACGAACUAGAAGACUGGAACGAAGGUGAUAGGAGCGGAUGGGACGAUGCGGACGAAACUACCACGAAACAGUUGAUACGGGAAACGCGAAAAGAGCUGCGAGCCCAGCGGCACCAGAACCGGCACCAGCACGAAUCCUCGUCCUACGCAUGA